AUGCGGCGUACAUCCUUCCAAGGGCGGGGUGCAUCGUCAGGAUCAGGGGAUCGCACACCUAGCCGUACAGCACGACGCAGAUCCGCUCCGACGCCCCGGUUCCAACGGCCUUAUGACCCGGUUGAGCCAUUUGAUGAUGAUUGUACGGAGCGAAGGAUCCAAUUCACGCCACUGCGUCAGAUUUUGGAUACGCGAACCCAAAGACGAAUCCGCCGGAUUGGGUUGAGCGAUGAGAUCAAUGAUAUUCAACGCGAGAAGCGUGAAUCGAGCAACUACGAGAAGACCAUGCGUAAUCUGAUUCAAGAGCGGGAUGCACUGAAGGAAGAGCUGAGAUCUAUGAAGCAAAGUGGACUGGGCUUCGAAGGCCAGUCCUCGGUGGCAGAAGCUUUUUGGAUGACGCCGGAGACACCUAGGCUUUGUGAUGCGGUGUCUUCGGCCUCCAAUCACAGCCCGCAUGACACUACUUCAGUCAAUGGCGAAGAUGAUACUUUUAUGCUGAACAAUACUGCAAUCGUUGUGUCCAGCUCCCCUGAUCUCCGUGGUGUUCAGAGUUGCAACCCACAGCUCACGGAUACAUGGAUGCUCGAGGAAGCCUCAACGAUACAUUUAUCUGCAGAAGCAGCCGAGGCCGACACCCUUGCCAUCGAUCUGGAGACUGCAAGGAAAGAAAAGAGAAAUAUGUUUGAUGCUUGUCGAUCUCGAUUCUCCGGACUCAAUGAGCCCGCAAUGAAGGAAUUGUUGCGCCAGUCGUCGCCUCCUCCAAACUUCUUCGAUAACGUCUUGGAGAUCCUGGGAAAUGCUGUGUCUCGUGCUUCUGAUGCUGCUGAUACCCUUGAAGCAGUCAGUCAUGAAUGCUCUGGUCUUGGGUUCUCUGGCGAGGGGGUGGAGGCUGUUAUCGCCGAUAUGCGAUCUCAUUUCCGCUCAGCACGUCUUGAACUCGAACGUGCCGUUCCCGGUGAAACUUCUAACGUUAGUCUUGAGGAUGGCAAGGGGACUCUAAGGGCAUUGGUAAGACGCGUUGAGUCCCUGGCAAGAGACUUGGGAACAGAACAUAGUUACCACCGUGGCUCACUUGGCCGCGAAAAGGCCCUUCGAGGUCAAUUCGACGCUUUACUACACCGAUACGAAGCAGCUGCAGACAAAAUUAAAAGUCUCGAGGAUUCAAUCACAUCUUCAGCGGGGGACAUGCUCCACACGCGAAUGCGAAUGCAAGAUCUCGAGCGCGAAGGCCAAGAACAGGCCGUUGGGAUUGACAGAUUAAACACUGCCCUCGACAAGUAUCACGACGAAGUAAAGGGUCUCGAAGACCUAAUCGACAAUCUCGAAAAAGAGAACAUGGCCGCGAAGGAGGAAUAUGCUCGACAAAUCUCCAAGCUCAAGAAGCAAGUUGCCUAUGAGCGCUCCAAGAGAUUCACUGCCGAAUCUUCCGCUUCCAAAAAUGAUGGCCGCAUUAGCGAGCUCGAGAAGACAGUUGAGCACAAUCAAAUCCAAACCUGCGACUUGAUGGCGCAGGUAGAAAUUCUCGAAAAGGAACACCAGCGGGCUGUGGAGGCUCUGGAGCAACGCACCAGCGAGUUGCAGUAUCAUGAAACGGAAACUGGCACUCUCAAUGUUCGCAUUUCAGACCUCUCCACAUCAUUAGAUGGAGCCAAAACCGAGGUUCAACGUCUCCGCCUAAUCAAUACGGGCCUUGAGGAGCAACUUCAACAAGAGCUUGAGGCUCGCGAUGCGGUCCUUGACAAAUGGGCUGCAGACCAAGCACGGUCAUUUGCCAACAUGAAAGAGGCCAUCAAUGCAGAUCGUCGGAGGGCCAAGAUCCGCGCGGCUAACUGGGAACAAAAAUCGGACGAUCUCAUGUCCGAUGCCACAACAAUGGGCUGUGGAAGCGAGCCCAUCACCCCUGUCAGCAUGACACGUUUUGUGGACGUUGAAUUUGGUCGGGGCAAGGAACGCCGGCGAAUGGAUAGUGGUAUUGGGAUUCUCACUGAGGAACAACUCCUGAAGGAUGAUGGUGUAUCAGACCUACGGCAAGGCCUUGAUUCUGAUAUUGAUUUACCCUCAUCUGAAUUCGUUUAA